AUGUGCAGUAUCUCAACAAGACUCGAUACUUUGAAUCGGCAGCUUAUGAUUAUUUCAAAAUUACAAAAUAUGGAUAAGGAAUUUGAUGUACAUCCACAUAUGACUCAUUGCAAGAAGCAACAGAUAGUCGAAGCUACACACGCGAAUACAACGUUGACGCAAGAGCGAGAUACUUUAAAAAAUAGAUUGGAAUCCUUGACAGAAGAUGAAUCUAAAAGGUGCGAAGAAGUUGAGCAAGAAGUAAAUAGAAUGAAAUGUGCAGUAAAAGUAAAAGAAAAUGCUUUAAACGAGGUAAAGGCAAAAUUCAUGGAUAUGAUCAUGGAACUUAUGAAUGUGAUUAAGAUACAAAAAAGAAGGAUAAGCGAAGUAACGGAUAUAUGUAAUAAUCAACAACAUGUAAUAUAUGAGAAAGACGAGCAAUUAUCUCAAAAAAUUACAGAAUUAUUAGAAGUACAAAAUAUGUUGUUGUCAAGUAAUAGCACCUGUAAAGAAAUGGAAGAGCAAGUAGAACAUUUAAGACAGUGCUUGUGUGAAGAAACAAGUGCUUGUGAUUGUUUGAAGCAGGAAUUAGAAGUGUUUAAAGAAAAUCAUUUAUCCAAGAUGAGAAUAAAAGAAAAGAUCGUAGAUGAGCAAAACAAAACUAUUUCAAGACAAAGAAAGUUAUUGCAUGAUAGCGAAAAAAUGGUCCAACAAGUGGCUUCCGAAUUUGAUCAACUUAAGGCAGAAUUGUGCGAAGAAAAGCAGAAAAAUAAAUUUCUGCAAAUAAAACUGGACAAGACCGAUAAUGAAUUAAGCAAUGCUUAUUUGUUGGAAUGUAAAAAGUGUAGAAUUUUGAAAUCUAAAAUAGAUUGUUUAAAGACAGAAAAACAAAGAGCUCUAACAAUUGCGAAAUUUGCUUACCAAAAAUUAAAUCAAUCCAUGAAAGAAUAUCAGAAGCAGCUCUUUUGUAAAGAGGAACAGUACAGACGCAUGACAUUAAUAGUCGACAAAAAAGAAAAGGAGAUAAGAUGUUUAAAGACACAAAUAUAUCAAAAUAGUUUAAAACCUAUUAAGGAAAUGAACAGUUGUACUCUAUAA